AUGACAUUUACUGGCGUUUUUAAGAGGCUUAUUUAUAAUGACAACUUCACUAUCACCACUGCCAGGUCAGUGAUUAUUCCAAAGAGUCCAGAGUCGCAGCCUGCUGCUGUCACCCGUUGCCCAGCCCCGUCGUCACUCACCCCCUCCGUCCCCCUCACAGUGUGCCCUGUGCUGCUGCGAGCUGCCCUGCUGGGGGAGGGGAGGCGGAGGCGGUGCUGCUGCUGCAGUGUGACACUGAUGCCAGUGGUGACGGACCUGGAGUACGAUACCUUUGUGAUGGGCCAGCCUCCACACAGUCAACAGAUCCUGGUGGUGUGUGUGACUCUGCCACGCCAGCCCAUCAGUAACACACACGCAGUGCCUGACCAGGAGGCCCUGGAGCAGCUUUACAGGAGGAGGAAUAAACACAGAACCAUGCCAUGUAGUCAGUGCCAGAUGGAUUCAUUUCGCCUGGUGAGGUACGAGAUGUCAACAGAGAAGCUGAGCUGUGGAUCUGAGAACAUCCUGCUGCAGCAGCGACACAAUGCUUCUCCUGGGAUGGUCCUGAUGUACAUCAGAGGGAAGCUGCUGUUUGUGGGCUACAUAUUCAGUGGUCGCGGCUGCUCAGUCAGGGACCUUCAAAAGCAAAUCUCCAGAACCAGGGGAGACUACAGAUUAGGCCUGAGCCUCCCACCAGACUACAAGUUCAGUGACACAGGGAAUAACCGCACAGCCACAGAUGCACACAACUCACAACAUGCAACACUAAAAGAAGGAGAUGGUGCAACACUGCCUGCUUCAGUGGAAAAGGCCAAGGAGAGAAGAACCACAGAGGCAUCACACCGACGACACAGGGGCUUUUGUAUCAAACCAAAGAAGAAGACUCCUGCAUUUCCUCACGUUCCUGUCAUUUCACACUGAAUAUACUCCAGUGACAGGAUUACCUCUGUGUCACUCACCAAAGUUACAAGAGUGCACCAGCUGUUGAUUUACACUUUAGGUUAAUUUGCAGUCAAACCGCUUAUGCAGGUUUGCACCAAUCUGUAACUGCAGAUUAAAUAUUCCCUUCAACCUUUGACAGUAAGGAGUAAACUGGCAACACUUGUGGGCAUCAGGGGUGAGUGCAGAUGUGUCAGUGCUGUCUGAAUAAUACACUUUUCAUCUUG